GGAGGUAGGCGCUGAUACCAGAGGACACCUGUUUCUCACAGAACAAACACACGUUUAUUUGCAUUCAGCCAACAGGUGUGACAAUGAUGCCACUGUGGUCAGUCUUCACCAUCUGCAAGUCACGCUCUGAUGUACCAAACAUUAACUGCGGUUUUGCUUUGUUUUGUAUGAAACCACCUACAUGAAAAGUACCUUGCAAAGUUUUCCAUUUCCCACAUCAUUUGCCAGUGGCACGAUUUAUAUCUUGGCCGCUAAGGAUGAAUUUAGUCUUGCAAGAGUUGGUCUCCCAGGUAAGUAUCAGGUAUGCAUUUUCUGUCUGGUAGUGGUUAUUUAUAGAUCAACUCAGCUUUUUUAGACUCUUCUGUUCAUACAACUUAAACCAAAUGUUCCCGUAAAGCAAUAUGAUGAUUAUUCUGUGUUCCCCAGUAAUCCUGAAGAAAGACAAAGAUUUAACUGUGGACAUCAUGGCAUCCAAGGAUACUACACUGAAGUGGCUUCUUCCAUUAUACAUGCCCACUCUGCUUAUGCUAAUUGUUUCACUGCCAGCUCCGUGCAGUGCCAUCAUGGUGAACUGCUCUCAGCCAAACCAACCUGCCCUGCUGGAGGCUCUGACACCAUUCUUUAACCUGAGCGCCAUACGACCCGUCAUGAACAUGGCAACCAUAACCAGGGUCCACACCGCCUUCACCUUGUAUGGAAUUCUAGGAGUGGAUGAAAAGUCUCAACUCUUGAUCACUUACCUGUGGCUAAAUUAUCGGUGGGAAAAUGAGUUUGUCAGUUGGGAUCCAAUCCAGUGCGGCACCGACAAGAUUACUCUCCCCAGAAAGAAAUUUUGGUUGCCAGACAUCGUUAUCAAUGAAUUUAUGGAUGAAAACACAGCCCCAACUGUCCCGUACGUGUACCUGCAUAGCAAUGGUACAGUGCGCGAUGCUCUACCGGCCAAAGUUGUCAGCUCCUGUAACCUCGAUAUCUACACCUUCCCCUUCGACAUACAGAAUUGCACUUUGACUUUCAACUCAUACCUCCACCUUGGUAAGACACUUCACUCAACAGACAUAAGGAUUGUCCUAAACAAACCUGUAGAUCACAUCACAGAGCACUCCAAGGAUGUUAUGACGACAAUGGGGGAAUGGGAGUUGCUGGAUAUCACCUACCACAAAUACAGCAUAAAUACUGAUGUUGGUCAAAUUGAUGAGCUCGCAUUUCAUAUCAGAGUGAGACGUCGUGCCACCCUAUAUGUAGUGAACUUGCUGAUCCCCAGCUGCUUCCUCAUCACAGUGGACAUGUUCAGCUUCCUGCUGCCUCCCCAGAGUGUAGACCGAUCCUCCUUCAAGAUGACCCUCAUCCUGGGCUACACCGUCUUCCUGCUCAUCAUGAAUGACUUGCUGCCUAUCACUGGAAACACAAUACCCCUUAUAAACGUGUUCUUCUCUAUCUGCCUGGCUCUGAUGGUGGCCAGUCUACUGGAGACUAUCCUCGUCACCCACCUGCUGUGUGGCUCUGGUGACUUCUCCCCCGUCCCCUGCUGGAUUCAAGUGCUUGUUCUGCAAAUUCUGGGCCGUCUUGUCUGUCUGUCUCAGAAGAUUCAAGGUUCAGACAUGGAGCAAAAUGUUGUGGUGGCAAAGAGUAAAGCUGAUGAGGAGCCUCCAGAGGAGAAGGGCCCAGUGGUGGAGGACAAGGCCCUGCAGGAGCUGAGGAGCAUGUGCAAGGACCUCCAGGCUCUGCGCCUCCAGGUGGAGCAGCGGGAUGGUGGAAGCCAAGGCUCGGAGGAAUGGAUCCAGGUGGGUUUCAUCAUAGACCGCCUGCUGUUCGGCCUCUACAUCCUCUUCAUAUCAAUCAGCUUCAUUACCAUCAUCAUUAUCUGGGUGACCUCAUACAGUCAGUAGACAACUGCUGUCUGCUUUGAAGCACUCCAUUUAUGUGGCUUGUCACAUAAAUGUUUCACUCAACUUUUGAUCAAUAUGUCAUAAUCUUGUAAUGUUUUAGAUGACUGUCUUACAUUUAUGCAAUACAUACUGUAUAUUCUACAGUUAAUGUAUUACUGUUAUAAUAACAAAUGGUCAUAUCAUUACUAUUGGACAUUAAAUUAGCUCCACUACAAUAACAAGAUGUAGUUUUAGCCUUUUGUGUUUUAUUGUGCAAUUUCAAAAUGGAGGAAACCAUUGUGUGCAAAAUAAAAUUACUUGGAAAAAUUUCUUUCAGUUUUUGAUGGACAUUUAUUUUGAGUAUAAUAAUAAUGUUCCAAUUUUUAAUUUUUUUAUUUUUAAUUAUUUUUUUUAAUUUCAAUAUUUAUAUUGUUGGUGAGUGUUGAAUCCUAACAUUAGCAGUGCUAACACUGCACAGAAAAAUAACCUAAACUAAGAUAAGCUAACAUAAUUAGAAAAUGUAGUUACCUGCUAUCAGUGGCUCCACCAAAGCUAAAUCUAAAUCUAGCAGUCAAAUAAAUGAUAAAUAGCUGCUUUAUUUUGAUCAUAUAGAAUGUGAUCAUAAUUUUAACAAAACUUUUAACAAUAGGAAAUAAGGAAAUAAUAAAGUUACUACAUGCCCAAAAGUAUGUGGACAUCCAAUUACAAGCUUUGGAAACCUGGCUUCACUCCACUCGCACUGAUGUUUAGCAAUAUGGCCUCGCUUACAAUUGGUUUUCUGUGGAUGUAGUAGAGGUCAGGGUUCUACGCCCCAAAGCUUGAAGUGCAUUGCCGUCUAAAAUAUCUCUCUGUGCUGGCCAAACAUACGUGGUUAUCAAAUUCCAUUAAAUAUAUGUACACACUUGCAAUAACAUAAUAAGCCAACUCUACACUUAAAAAGAUUAAUGUGUAUUUUAAUUAGAACUAAUAGUCGGUAUAGUUAGAGUAAGAGUAAACAUACUGUAUUUAAUGGAACAUAAAGAGCAUCUCUGUCUGUCAUUUUGUUGGAUCA